AUGCCUAUUCUCUAUAGGGAUAUAAUAUUUAAGUUAAUCUAUAGGGGCAUAAUAUAUAGACUUAGCAGGAGAGGCAGCUUUUUUUUAGUCAUCUUUGUAGCUUCUUACGAGGGCCAACCACCUGAUAAUGCCGCGUACUUCGUGAACUGGAUCAAGAGUAUGACUGGUAAUGAGGUGCAAAAGGUCCACUAUGUCGUUUUUGGUGUCGGCAAUUCGGAAUGGCGGCAAACCUUUCACCGAAUUCCCAAAUUGAUCGACGACGAACUUGGGAAACGUGGCGGCGAGCGACUUGUGACUUUGGGCCUGACAAAUGUUGCCGAAAAAGACCCUUUCCUGGACUUCGACAUAUGGGAAAGUAAGGAACUAUGGCCUGCUCUUGAGAAAAAGUACCCUGACGUUACUGGAGGGUCGCCAGAAGCUUUAGUGGGAUCUAUGGGACUGAGUGUCGAUAUUUCGGUAUCUCGUGCUUCGGCUCUACGGAAAAGUGUCAAAGAAGCUAUAGUAACAGGUGUGAGGGAUCUCGCCGCUCCGAGGCUACCCCGUAAAAGACACAUUGAGAUGAAACUCCCUUCAGGCUGCUCGUACGAGGUGGGCGAUUACCUUGAGGCCCUUCCAAUGAACCCUCGCGAUGCUGUCACUCGGGCCCUCCGACGUUUCAAACUGCCUUGGGAUGCUGUUCUUACGAUCGCUGGUAGCGAGAUUACCUCCCUACCAAUUGGUAUCCCGGUAUCUGCAUGGGACGUGCUCAGCUCUUAUGUUGAGUUAGCAUCCCUCUGUACAAGAAAAGAUACACUCGUUCUUGCAUCCUACGCGCAAAGCGAAAAGGUCAGAAUGGAAAUUGAGCUCCUUGCUUCUGACGUUAAAUUCAAGAGCGAGAUCGAAGACAAGCGUGUAUCUAUUCUAGAUCUGCUUGAACGAUUUCCGUCGGUUGAAUUGCCGAUUGCUACAUACUUAGGCAUGCUGCAACCCAUCAGGACUAGGCAGUAUUCCAUCUCAUCCUCACCCCUCAAGGACCCAAGCCAUGCUACUUUGACCUAUUCGGUACUUGAAACGCCCUCGUUGAGUGGACAAGGUCUUUACAUGGGAGUAGCCUCGAACUUUCUUGCGAGUUUGAAGCCAGAUGAUCGGCUCCAGGUAUCUAUACGACGGUCCAACAUUGCGUUUCACCUUCCGCUUGCUCCGGAUACUACACCAAUCAUCUGCGUCGCUGCUGGCGCUGGUCUAGCCCCUUUCUGCGGGUAUAUACAACAAAGAUCUAUUCAAAUGAAGGCAGACCGCAUAUUGGCGCCUGCGCUGCUUAUAUUUGGUUGCCGUCGUCGGGAUGACGAUCUUUACCGAGAGGAAUUCGACGCUUGGGAAGGUGAGGGUGCUGUGGUCGUGAAGAGAGCAUACUCGCGUGAUACCAAACAGACAGCCGGAUGCAAAUAUGUUCAAGAUCAAGUCAUUGAACAACAGGAAUAUAUUAGGAAACUUUGGAAUCAAGGGGGGAAUGUCUACGUAUGUGGAAGUAGGCAAGUCGGUGACGCAGUGGAAGGGGCGCUUGGGAGCAUCCUGAGUGGGGUGCAGGGCGGAGAUCGAGAGGAUGGCAAAAGAUUCUUAGACAACUUUAGAAACAAGCGUUUCGUCAUGGAUAUAUUCAGUUGA